AAGAGCACGAAUGGUAUUGCGAAUGUAUCACGUAUCCAUUUGUAUGAAUGUUCGUGUUUUUAACAGGCGAUUUAACACGUGCAUUACAGGAUUGAUUCACCCAUCAUAGGCAAUCGCUGAUAAAUUAAGUGAGCAGGUUUUGCUUACUUCAUACAUUUCCCAUGAUGCUCUGCAUGUGACGCUAAAACAGCUGGACGUAAGAAACAGCAGAUGAAAUAAACAAACAUGGGAUCGAAAUAGACGGAGAGGUCUUCGUUCACAAAGAGCUCGAUAAUUUAACAACUAAGAAAUAUAUAUAGGCUAAACAUCCAGCCAUAGCUUAGUAAAAGGAAACAUUUUCCCUCGCCAACUGAAGCCAAAUAAGGUCGUAUGCGGAGACAUAACGUCGCUAAGCAGAACUAGCGUUAUUAAGCUAUAUUGUGUUGACGGGAGCAUCACCCAACCUUGUUAAAUUGGCGAACGAUGGGACCUAUACUUCAGGAACGAGCAACAACAACUGCCUCGAAGAAGAUUUCUGUUAAGGAAAGAAUCAGGACAAAAAAUUCUGGGAUCAACAGUCAAAUGGCAAGUUCCAAGAAAGGGAAAGUGGGACAGAAUUGCAAGCCCCAGAAAAAAACAGGAGCGCAGCCAAAACAUGCCUCUGCACGGGAGGGCAAGGACAGCCCUCCAGCCGUAGAGAGAGUAAACCUUUCGGGCUCACAGCGCAAGGGGAACAGGGCCAAACCUGACACUCACUCCAUCACAGAUGACCGCAGUCUGCUCAGUGCAGGGCUGGUCCAGAAGUCUCUGGUGCCCCCACCUAAAGGUCGAGCUGAGGAGAGAGAGCUGGGGUCACAGUGCCGUGGGGAGAACGACAGAGCCCACUGGGGCCGGAGCCGGCGGGGGCUGUCCCUCCCCCUGACCCCCAGCUCUGAGCUGCAGCAUGAGGUGCUGGAGCUGCAGGCGCCCACCCUGGAGUCUCUGCAGCUGUACGAGCAGGAGGACACGGACAGCGCAAGCGACCUCUCUGACUCGGAGAGGCUCCCUGUUCUGCCCUCCCCCUGCACCCCGCCGCACCUCAACCUGAGGGCUGAGGUCAUCAACCCCAACGACUUCCCCCCGCCCUUCCCCGGCCCCCGUGGGCUGAGCCACGGCGCAUACAGCUACCCGGACUUCCUGCCCCCGCCCUUUAACACCUGGAGCCUCCGGCAGCUGGCCCUGUUCCUCAACACCGAUGGCAGGGGCGCCCCCCGACCCAGGCCGGUGGGCAAGCUGGAGAAGUAUCUGGAGCGGCUGCUGCAGCUGGAGUGGCUCCAGAUCCAGACGGUCCAGGAGGAGGGCGGCAAGCCCGUGGCCCCGGUGUCUGCUAGCCGGCCCCGGCCUCACACCGCGCCCCCCGCCCACCUCAGCUCCCCCAAGAGCCUGCGGCAGUGCCAGCGUGCCUUUCCCCUGGCGUUCCUCUCCUCCCUGGGGAACCCCUCCUCCAUGCAGCUCUCGGGCCGCUUCUGCCCGCACUGCCGCAUCCGCUACCCCUUCUGCAACGGGAGCUGCCGCUCGUACGCCUACCAGCGCCACUCGCGGCUCAGCCCCCUGCUGGAGCGCCGGGCGCAGGCCAGCGUCCCCCCCAAGCGCAGCAGCAGCGAGAGCCGGGUCCCGGCUGCCGACCCCGGGCCGGGCGCCUGGGGGAAGAAGCCGGGGAGCCCGCUGAUGGGGAACAGCCACAUAAAGCGCAUGCAGGCCGUGGGGAACAUUCGCAACCCCUCCCCGGCGCAGAGUCCCACCAGCAAGCUCCAGCCAGGCCCUAGGAACUCCUGCAACGGGGCUGGGACCAGCAGGCCGAAGGGACAGCUGGGCGGCAAGGGUGCCCGCUAUGGGAGUUUGAGAGAGGUCAGCCCAGUGAGGGGUGGAAAUGAGAGAAAGAGAGCAGGCGUGGUUGGACAAGAUCCAAAACCAUGUGCUGCCAAAACAGUCAAAGCCCAUUCGCCCGUCUCUAAGGGUCCGCCCACUGCUCGGCCCAAUGGGAAGGUGAAACACGUUGAAUUUGCCACUAAUUAAGGCCAGGUGAAUUUGUUUCAAUCCCUAAGGUUCUCCAUCUUCCAUGCACUAUAAAAGUCUUGAAUGCAUUAGCAAAACAUCUUGGAAAAUUAAAUACCAUCAUUGACAGAAAGAUAAAGCUUCUGUGUGCUGUAAUAAUCUACUAGUUAGCACACAGUGUUAUUGCCAUCAAAUACUCAAGCCUCACUUGUAGUGAGGUGUUUUUUGCUUUAAGUACAUACAAAAAUGAAUACAACUCAAUGCUUUUAACAAUUGUCUAAGACUGAAUAAAUGGUUUUUCAUCACUGAAGUCAGUUUGAUGAUGAGAAAAAAAGUUAAAUGAACUUGGAUUAUUAAUAAUCCAAAUUUAAAUACAUUGGAUUAAUACUAUUUUUUUUAUGUUGUCAGAUACUGUCAGUAUGUCAAGCUAUAAAAAAAGGAAAAAAAAGAAAAGAAUAUUGAAUUGCAUAUAUAUUUUGUGUUGUGUUGUGUAAAAAAAAUAAUUAUGAUGUCAGAAGACCUUGUGCACAUCUCCCCCUAUGGCAGUUAUACAAUACAGGAGUAACAACGUUGAAUGGAGCAUACAUAUAUUUUACUACUAUGAACGGUUUUGAUAAGCAGAUAAACAUAUUUAAAUUGUUAUAGUUAUUGAAAUAUUGAAAAUAGCAGAUAUUUCUGGAUGUGCAUUUCGCAUUGUUUACACAAUUUACAUGUGAUGUGUUUUUUUCCCAUAAUAUGUUAGCUUUUAUGGUCUUGGUUUCUGUAGUGAUUAUAUGUGAAUGUUCUUUAUCGUUUAUUGAAAACAUGGUUUUAGUUUAGGUGCACUGUGGUUUGUGCAGCAGUAGCAUGCAAUACACGCUCGAAUGUCACAGAAAAAAAGAAGAAGCUUAUUUUCAUGAAUCAGGGAUAAACAGAUUAAACAUCUGUUACCUCAUAUUUGAAGAUUGUACUCAUCAAGAACCAAGCAAUGUACUCAUUAUCAAGUUUUUUGAAUGCCUCUAUUUGUAAAGCAUGAAAUAAAUUUUGUUUGCUUUCCA